AGCUUACCUCUUAAUUGCAUCCAACCAAGAUUUAGCAAUCUCUCCCUGAUCUCUCUCUCUCUCUCUCUCUCUCUCUCUCUCUCAAAUGUCACCAAGCCUAGCCAACUAGCAGCCUUUCCCUCGAAGAAACAUAGCCUCAUUGUUGUUUACUGCAGUCAAGGCCACGUACCGUCAUUGCACCGGUUAUAUAUAUAGAGCAUAGUACGAGAGAUCAUAUAAGGCCAGCCUUGCUAGCUAGCUAAAACAUUCUUAUAAAUUUCUACAUACUCUGCAGCAGUGUCUCCGAAUCUGAUAUAGGAUUUUCAAUGGGUAACGGCGACUAUCAAUACCCACACCCUGUUGCAAUUCCUCCAUCCAAACCGCUAUCCAAGUCCUUACAAUCGUCUAUUAAAGAGACUUUCUUUCCUGAUGAUCCCUUCCGGCAGUUCAAGAACCAGCCUCUUUCUCGGAAGCUUGUACUUGGCCUGCAAUACUUGAUACCAAUCCUCGAAUGGGCUCCUAAAUACACGUUUGACUUCUUCAAAUCCGAUGUUAUUGCUGGAAUCACUAUUGCCAGUCUAGCGGUGCCUCAAGGCAUAAGCUAUGCAAGUUUGGCCAACGUACCACCGAUUUACGGGUUAUAUUCCAGCUUUGUCCCGCCAUUGGUGUAUGCCAUGUUGGGGAGUUCAAGAGAUUUGGCCGUGGGCACUGUGGCUGUUGGGUCUCUUCUCAUAGCUUCCAUGCUGGAUAAGGAAGUUAACCAUCAGCAUAACCCAAAACUUUAUAUUCAGCUGGUUCUCACUGCAACGUUCUUUGCUGGGGUCUUUCAGGCUUCUCUCGGAUUCUUAAGACUUGGAUUUAUCGUGGACUUUCUGUCACAUUCAACGAUAGUGGGGUUCAUGAGUGGAGCAGCCACGGUUGUUUGUCUUCAGCAACUUAAGGGGAUUCUUGGGCUGAUUCACUUCACUCGGGAAACUGAUCUUGUAUCGGUCGUGCGCUCUGUAUUUUCCCAAACACACCAGUGGAGAUGGGAAAGUGGUGCACUGGGUUGCUGUUUUCUAUUCUACCUUCUGCUCACAAGAUACUUUAGCAAGAAAAGGCCAAUCUUCUUUUGGAUAAAUGCAAUGGCACCUCUGACGUCUGUCAUCUUGGGAAGCAUCAUCGCCUUUCUGACCCACGCUGAAAACCACGGUAUCCAAGUGAUUGGGCAUCUGGAGAAAGGCUUGAAUCCACUUUCCGUAUCUGAGUUGGCUUUUGGGUCGCCUUAUCUCUCGACAGCCAUCAAAACUGGGAUAAUCACUGGCAUCAUAGGCCUUGCUGAAGGAGUAGCAGUUGGUAGAAGCUUCGCCAUUUUCAAGAACUACCAUAUCGAUGGAAACAAAGAGAUGAUCGCUUUUGGGAUGAUGAAUAUUGCUGGCUCUUGCACUUCAUGUUACUUGACAGCAGGACCAUUUUCGAGAACUGCAGUGAAUUUCAAUGCAGGAUGCAAGACAGCAGUGUCGAACAUAGUCAUGGCAACAGCUGUGAUGAUCACGUUGCUAUUCCUGACACCGUUGUUCUACUAUACACCUCUUGUUGUUCUCUCCUCCAUAAUCAUCUCUGCCAUGCUUGGCCUUAUUGACUAUGAAGCUGCCAUCCACCUCUGGAAGAUCGACAAAUUUGAUUUCACGGUGUGCAUGGGAGCUUAUCUUGGCGUGAUCUUUGGCAGUGUUGAGAUUGGCUUAGUCAUCGCGGUUACCCUAUCUUUGCUAAGGGUUCUACUAUUUGUAGCAAGGCCACGGACUUCUGUCUUAGGCAAUAUUCCCAAGUACUCCAUGGUUUACAGAAGUACUGAUCAAUACCCAAUCGCUAACAAUGUUCCUGGAGUUCUCAUUCUCCAAAUUGACGCGCCAAUAUACUUUGCCAAUGCAAAUUACUUGAGAGAAAGGAUUUCAAGGCGGAUCUACGAAGAGGAAGACAGAAUAAAAUCUUCAGUUGAAACCAGCUUACAUUAUGUCAUAUUGGACCUUAGCGCUGUGGGCAGCAUUGAUACGAGUGGGAUCAGCAUGCUAGAAGAGAUCAAGAAGAUUGCCGAUAGAAAGGAACUUGAGCUCUUGCUUGCCAACCCAAGAAGCGAGGUGAUUAAGAAGCUAGACAAGUCCAAAUUCAUCGAAAACAUUGGUCAAGAGCGGAUUUAUCUAACAGUGAGAGAGGCUGUGGCGGCAUGUAAUUUCAUGUUACAUACGUGCAAGCCAAAUCCGGCCGAUGUCGAGGCCGUGCCGGAGAACAAUGUCUAAGCAAGCCCCGGCUGGCCGGCCAUCAUCAUGAUCAACUUAUAAUUGAUCAAAAAUCAUGUUAAUACGUAAUUAGUGGAUGCAGCCAUAUAUAAGUAAUGAAUGAUAAUAAAUGUACCAUAUUUUACGUAAUAAAAUAAAAUUGGGAUGUGA